AUGUGGCUGGAGAAGCGCGGCCCGCCGCCUCUACAGCGGUGGCGCCGGCGCCGGUUCUCGAUGGAAGGCUCCUGCUUGCGUUAUGCGCAGGGCGACAGGGAGAAGAUCAUGGCUAGCGAAGACGAGCUCGCGGCUCUCACCGCCGCCAUCGACGCCGCCUUGGCACACGAGGCAGAGGCAUUGCCAAAGGAGUGUCGGGCGGUGGCGGAGCAUCCUCCAGAGGCGGCUAAGGCGGAGGGAGCCGACGCGGCUCAGGACGCAGGGGCAGCUUCUGUGGAUGCGGCUGCCAUGAUCACGGCUGCAGACGAGGUUGCAGUGGGCGGGGAUGGCUCAGAGCUGGCCUGGUCAGAGGCACCCGCACUGGCGGAGGCCGCCACGCCGGAGGCGGUCGAGGGAGCGCCUCCGCAGGCCGACCUGGCGGUGGCUGCGAGUGCGGUGGGGGAGGAGCCAACGAAGGAGGAGGAGGCCGGAACCGUCUCGGAACCGUCUCGGAACCUUCCGGGGGAGGGGAUGCCUCCGGCGGUGGAGAUGGCCGAGGCGGCCUCUCCCGCACCCCCGGACUGCAAGGUUGGCUUCGACGACUUGGAGGUGGGCCUUUGCACUUGA